AUGGGUUUGUUUGGUACUGCAGGUCUGAGAACCAUUGGAGUCAUCACCAAACUGGACCUUAUGGAUGAGGGAACGGAUGCCAGGGACAUUCUGGAGAAUAAGCUGCUGCCUCUUCGCAGGGGUUACGUGGGGGUGGUGAACAGAAGCCAGAAGGACAUCGAUGGGAAGAAGGACAUCAAGGCUGCCAUGCUGGCGGAGAGGAAAUUUUUUCUCUCACACCCGGCUUACAGACAUAUUGCCGACCGGAUGGGGACCCCGCACCUACAGAAGGUCCUUAAUCAGCAACUCACCAACCACAUUCGAGACACCCUGCCAAACUUCAGGAACAAACUGCAGGCCCAGAUGCUGUCCAUAGAACACGAAGUUGACGCCUACAAGAACUUCAAGCCCGAGGACCCCACCAGGAAGACCAAAGCCCUGCUGCAGAUGGUUCAGCAAUUUGCCGUGGACUUUGAAAAGAGAAUUGAAGGCUCAGGGGAUCAAGUAGAUACCCUGGAGCUCUCAGGAGGUGCGAAAAUCAAUCGCAUUUUCCACGAACGCUUUCCUUUUGAGAUAGUAAAGAUGGAGUUCAACGAGAAGGAAUUGCGCAGAGAAAUAAGCUACGCAAUCAAAAACAUACAUGGUAUCAGGACAGGGCUGUUUACUCCAGACAUGGCGUUUGAAGCAAUAGUCAAAAAACAAAUUGUGAAGCUGAAAGGGCCUUCUUUGAAGAGUGUAGAUCUGGUAAUGCAAGAAUUAAUCAACACCGUCAAGAAGUGUACCAAAAAACUGGCAAACUUCCCCAGGCUGUGCGAGGAAACGGAGCGGAUUGUGGCUAACCACAUUCGGGAGCGGGAAGGGAAGACCAAGGACCAGGUACUACUGUUGAUUGACAUCCAAGUCUCCUACAUCAACACCAACCACGAAGAUUUCAUUGGCUUCGCAAAUGCUCAGCAGAGGAGCAGUCAGGUUCACAAGAAAAACACAAUUGGAAAUCAGGGAACCAAUCUUCCGCCUUCAAGGCAAAUUGUGAUUCGCAAGGGGUGGCUCACCAUCAGCAACAUCGGCAUCAUGAAAGGAGGCUCCAAGGGAUACUGGUUUGUCCUGACUGCUGAAAGCCUGUCCUGGUAUAAAGAUGACGAGGAAAAAGAAAAGAAAUAUAUGCUUCCCUUGGACAACCUGAAAGUUAGAGACGUGGAAAAAAGCUUUAUGUCCAGCAAGCACAUCUUUGCAAUCUUUAACACAGAACAAAGGAAUGUAUACAAAGACUAUCGCUUCCUUGAGCUGGCCUGUGAUUCGCAGGAGGACGUGGACAGCUGGAAGGCCUCUCUGCUAAGGGCUGGCGUCUAUCCCGACAAAUCUUUAGGGAACAACAAAACUGAAAAUGAUGAGAAUGGCCAAGCAGAGAACUUUUCCCUGGACCCCCAACUGGAGAGGCAGGUGGAGACCAUUCGCAACCUGGUGGACUCCUACAUGUCCAUCAUCAACAAAUGUAUCCGAGACCUAAUUCCAAAGACGAUAAUGCACCUGAUGAUCAAUAACGUGAAGGAUUUUAUAAACUCAGAGCUCCUAGCACAGUUAUAUUCCUCAGAGGACCAGAACACUCUGAUGGAGGAGUCGGCGGAGCAGGCUCAGCGCCGGGAUGAAAUGCUUCACAUGUACCAGGCCCUUAAAGAAGCCCUCGUGAUCAUUGGCGACAUCAACACAGCCACCACCUUCAUCCCUGCCCCGCCGCCCGUGGACGACUCCUGGAUACAGCACACUCGCAGGUCGCCCCCUCCGAGCCCCACCACGCAAAGGAGGCCGACACUGAGCACCCCCCUGGCUCGGCCUGGGUCUGGCCGAGGGCCCCCUCCUGCCAUCCCGUCCCCGGGACCCCACUCAGGGGCUCCCCCCGUUCCAUUCCGGCCGGGCCCAUUGCCGCCCUUCCCCAACAGCAACGACACAUACGGAGCCCCCCCGCAGGUCCCCUCUCGGCCCACCAGGGCCCCUCCCAGUGUCCCCAGCCGGAGACCACCCCCAUCACCAACUCGUCCCACUAUAAUCCGUCCACUAGAAUCCUUAUUAGACUAAACGGAGUGUCUGGCAUGGCAGUUAAUUACUAACGAAUUAUACGAAAGCAACAUAUUUGAUAACCAUUGCAGUAAAUCAUGAGUAGUCGCAUGUGUGGACAUCAGUAGACAAGUAACCAGUUUUACUAAUGCAUCUGUCACUCAUCUGCAUUGCUCAUGGUAUGUCAAACCAUUGGGGUUUGGCUCUUGAAAACUGCUGACCCUUCGAGCCUUCCUAUGUUGUAUCGACCAAGGUAGGUUUGUAUGGCAGCCCUAUACCUUGGGGACUAUAUAUGCCUACGCUGGCAUAUAUUUGAAAUUUCUUUGAAGAAGAAAUUUCCCAGGUUACCUUCCAGAUAGCCCAUUAAAUAUAAUCCUUAAGAGAUAUCAGAUGGUGGGCUUAGACCUAAGCCAUACACAUUUAUUGUGCCACAUUCUGUUUUGGCUAACAGGUGUGGUAUUAAUGUUUAUUAAUGUUUCUUUCUAUUCCAUAAUUACCUGUUUAGAUCCAUUCCUUCCUCUUUAUUUCAUAAGACUUCUGGGAAGUGAUUUUUUUUUAAUUGGAGUUUCUUAAGAAUAAAGCUUUUCAAAAAGUGCAAGGUUGUUCUCAAAGGAAAAGUUGCUGCCUUGGUUGCUCCAGAGGGCUUCCCUUCAUGCCAGUGUGUUUGGUUUCAUGCUAGAAGCACAUUCAAUAGCCAGCGACUCAGAGCUUGUUUUUCUGUAGGCAGUCAGUAGAUUUGACUAAUUUCAGAAUUCAGGAAGAAGCAAAAUAUCACAUCUCUACAAGCAUCUGGAAAAUGUAUUUUCUUCAUUCGUUUAUAUAAUCACCUCCUCCUAGGUCACAAUGAAGCUGACAUGGAAAAUAUCUUUUUCUUUUUUUUCAGAUUCAUCUAAUUUUAGGCAUGGCUGAUUACGCUUUACACUAAUUCCAGUUGAUUUAUUUAUUUUGUUGUUUGGAGCAAAAAUAUUCCUCUUUGCUGAUAUAUAAUUCUCUUACCUAAAAAUGUAUCCCACCUUUAAAGCAAGCUUAAAGUAACUGUCUAUCCAUUCUAGGCUUUCUUCACGAAUCGUGAGCCUCACCAUGGGAUAACCAUAUUUAAGGAAUGGUACCUGGAAUGAAAUGAAAAGUCACUUAGACAACUUCAGAGUCCUUAUCCAGGUUAUUCCAGAAAAUGGCAUUAAGGCACUGAGAUCCAAAGCAAACGGGCAAAUUGUAGCGUUUCUGAAAUUUACAAGAGCCCUUUUGCGUGGGGGUUAAUAGUUCAGUCUUAAGGCUGAGUUUCGAUGACCUAGGACCAGAUGAUUAGCACAUAGGAAACAGCCAGAAGCCAACUGGAAUUUUGUCUGCUAACUGUUCCCAGACAGCAGACCAAGUAUUCACUGGAUGGCAGCGUCCCGCGACACUAUUUCAUAUUCUGCAGAAGUAAAUCAGUUUUCA